ACAGACCAAUCCAUUGCCCGGGGAGACGACGAAGCGGAGCUGAGCUGAGCAGAGCUGAGGAGAGCAAUGGAGAUGGGUUGUGUGUGGAUGAGAAGAGUGAGCUCCGGCAACGCCCUCUCUGCGCUCCUAGUGAAGCCUCCAUACUCAGUCUCGUCCCCUUCUCUCCUCUCCUUCCUCCAUCUCAAAUCCCCGCCGAUUUCCUCCGUCGGCUUCUCCCCUCCCAGCCGCCUCCCGCUCUCCACCGCCGCAUGCUCUUCCUCGGCCGCCCUCGUUCCCGACGACGAAGACAGCUUCUCAUCUUCCUCCCCUCGACUCGGAAGCUACGGGAAGAGUGGAAUCCCUGUGAAGCGCUCGAAGGUGUUGCUGAAAGAGAUGAGAUACGUCGAGCUUGAGAAAUGGGUUCAAAUGCAAGGAUUUAGGCCUUCUCAGGCAAUGAUGCUAUGGAAACGCUUGUAUGGAAACCAUAUUUGGGCACAUUGCGUCGAUGAGUUAGAAGGUUUGAAUAAAGAUUUUAAGAGAAUGUUAGCCGAGUAUGCCGAAUUUAAGGCAUUGUCUUUGAAAGGGAUUCGAACAGCAGCCGAUGGGACUAAAAAGAUACUGUUCUCGCUGGAAGAUGGUCUAGUGAUUGAGACUGUUAUUAUACCUUGUGAUAGAGGCCGGAACACUGUUUGCGUGUCUAGUCAAGUUGGAUGUGCCAUGAAUUGCCAGUUUUGCUACACCGGAAGGAUGGGUUUAACGAGACACCUCACUGCAGCUGAAAUAGUAGAGCAGGCAGUAUUUGCCCGACGCCUCUUCUCGGAGGAAGUUGGUCCCAUUUCCAAUGUUGUCUUCAUGGGAAUGGGAGAGCCCCUACACAAUGUUGAAAAUGUAAUACAAGCUGCUCAUAUAAUGGUGCAUGAGCAAGGCCUUCAUUUCAGUCCCCGCAAGGUCACUGUCUCAACUAGCGGGCUCGUUCCCCAGCUGAAGCGCUUUCUUCACGAAUCCAAUUGUGCUUUGGCUGUCAGUCUAAAUGCCACGACUGAUGAGGUUAGAAAUUGGAUAAUGCCAAUAAACAGGAAGUACAAGUUAGAUUUGCUCCUUCAGACCUUGAGGGAAGAACUUCAUCGCAAGAAGAACUACAAAGUCUUAUUCGAAUACGUCAUGCUUGCUGGAGUAAAUGAUAGCAUUGAGGACGCAAAAAGGCUAAUUGAUCUAGUCCAGGGCAUUCCAUGCAAGAUCAAUCUCAUUUCUUUCAACCCUCACAGCGGAUCCCAGUUCCGGCCCACCCCCGAAGAGAAGAUAAUCGAGUUCCGUAACAUAUUGGCAGAAGGUGGCUGCACAGUCUUCUUGCGGCUCAGCAGAGGCGACGAUCAAAUGGCUGCCUGCGGACAGCUUGGCAAACCAGGGCCCUUGCAGGCUCCUCUUCUCCGCGUCCCUCAGGAGUUUCAAAUGGCUCUGAACGCACCAGCUUAAUGAAGUCCUGCAAAGAUUCAAAAAAGGCCCGUCCGGUGCGUUAUCUUCAUCAAAUACAAUAACUGGUCGUGCAGUCAGAUGAGUCGAUGUUUACUGGAGGCUCUUCUGCCGUCUGAGGAUCAGCAGUGUCUGGAGAUCAGGUGACAACAGAACAUACUACAGCAUUCGGUUGCUAGACAACACGAAGUCUUAGGAUUCUUCAGCAGCCCUCGAUUUAUCUUUUUCCGAUGAACAGCUUUUCUAGUAUGACGAUUGCAUAAUAGGCACCGAAGACCUGAUAGGGAUCACAUUUCAGAGUUUGCUUUCUAUUAUAGUCCUGAUUUUGUUGUUGUAAGAAUGUUUUUUUGAUGAAAUUAUAGUUUGCACUUUUAAUUUCGAUUGGUUGGUAA